ACUAUCAACCUGGUACAAUCAGAUAGAUAAGAUGUCCGGAGAAGGCUAUUUAUUUAUACUCGCCGUCGUGCUCAACGCCGUGAACUUGUUCGCACAGGUGUUCUUCACCAUCAUGUACUCGGACUUGGAGUGUGACUACAUCAACCCGAUCGAGUUGUGUAACAAGUUAAAUCCUUACUUCAUCCCUGAGGCAGGAUUACAUGGAUUUAUGACCGUUUUGUUUUUGGUCAACGGAUACUGGUUUGUCUUUUUGAUCAAUGCGCCAUUAUUCGCUUACAAUGUCAACAAGGUCUUGAACAAGAGCCAUAUGUUAGACGCCACCGAGAUUUUCAGAACUUUGUCCAAACAUAAGAAAGAGUCGUUUGUCAAGUUGGGAUUCCAUUUAUUAUUGUUCUUCUUCUACUUGUACAGAAUGAUCAUGGCAUUGGUUUCCGACGAUAUGUAGAGAUUGUCACCGAGUUCCAAUGGUCUAGCUUAGGCCCAAAUACUGGGUUUGUCAUUAUUCAUCAGUCUAUAUAUAUGUAUCUAUACAUCCUUUGGUUCUUCAAUAUUGUAAUAAAUAAACUUAGUUAAGACCACGGUCGAUAUGCUCCAACGUCUCGUUGGUCUGUGAGAGAGUCACUUGGAGGCCAUUGAUGGGGUUGAACAACUGGUCAAGAAUGGUGAUUUCUCGGUCAAUGCUUGAGAUAUGAUUACCAGAACUGCUGGACGACGUGGCUUGGGAUCUGAGUUCAUCAAGCUCGCGAGUGAGGCUUAUGAAGCUGUCAUAUUUGCGUUUGGAAUCCAGAAAUUGGCUGCGAGUCUUGUUGAGAUCGUUCAUCACAUCCGCGUAGCUUCGUCUGAUCU